AAUCAGUAUCAGAGCUGAGAGGGGCAGAGCAGACAAUCCCAGCUAAUGCUCUCCUCCCUAUGAGCGCUCGCUGCCCAGUGACAUCUGCUCUCCUGCCUCUCAACACAUUACUCCCUUUAUCAGCAGGGAUUGAGAAACAUCAGCAGCUAUGUGGGGAUUUAAACUCUUCCUGCUCUGGUCUCUGGUAUUCACCACUACAGUGACAGCAAACAGCAAGGUGUUCGGAGACACGGACCAAGUCCGGAUGACUUCAGAGGGGUCCGACUGCCGCUGCAAAUGUAUCAUGCGGCCCCUGAGCAAAGAGGCCUGCUCUCGCAUGAAAGAUGGCAGUACGCGUGUUGAUGAUUAUUAUACGGUGGAGACUGUCAGCUCGGGCUCAGACUGCAAGUGUUCGUGCACCGCACCACCAACUUCCCUAAACCCUUGUGAAAAUGAGUGGAAAAUGGAGAAGAUGAAGAAACAAGCACCUGAACUAUUUAAGCUGCAGUCUAUGGUUGACCUUCUAGAGGGAACGUUGUAUAGCAUGGACCUUAUGAAGGUGCACUCAUACAUCAACAAAGUGAUGUCCCAGAUGAACACUCUCGAAGAGACCAUCAAAACAAAUUUAAGUCGAGAAAAUGAAUUCAUGAAGGAAAGUGUCAUUAAUCUUUCUAACCAGAUGAAGAAAUAUGAUAAUUAUUCUGACAUCAUGAUGAGUAUAAAGAAGGAAAUUUCUAAUUUAGGAUAUCAGCUGCUACAGAAAGAUGCACCAGAGAAUAAAGUGCAGGAGACAUCUGGAACCAAAGGCAAGGAUUCCGCCAAGUUCCCCAACACUAAGAAGAUCACAGGAGACAAGUCCGUUACUAAAGUCACAAAGGAAAAAACGCCCAAAAUAGAGAAGCCCAAAAAGGAAAGCAAAGCAAAACCAGCGUCGCCUACACCAAAACCAAGAGCCCCUGCCCGAGAGCCGGUGGUUGUACGAGGAGUUACCUACUACAAAGCUGGCAGGAACGAGGAGGCAGAGAGUUUUGCAAGCAACAAAGAGAAUGGUAACAGGGGAACCUCACGAGGAGAGAAGCAAGAAGGAAAAACAGAGGGGGGUCUUCCAGAGUCCUAUCUGGUUCAGGAAGAAAGGAACGUAGAAAUAAAGAAAAUUCCUCCUACCACCCCUGCCCCUACAACCACUCAAACAACCACCACAACUACUACAACCACCCAAUCUACCACUACUGAGACCACCACGGAAUAUCCCCAGACUACAUUAUCGUCUACUGGAAUUGGAUCUGAGGCAGGGGCCAACAAUAAAGUAAGAGAAGGUGAAUGUGAGGGCACUAUUGCUUCUGUGGAGUCACCUAAGAAGCAUCACAGCUAUGGGCGUAAUGAGGGAGCGUGGAUGAAGGAUCCUGCAGCCAAGGACGAUAGGAUAUAUGUUACCAAUUAUUACUAUGGGAAUAAUCUUGUAGAGUUCAGAAAUCUUGACAAUUUCAAGCAAGGUCGUUGGAGUAAUCUGUACAAGGUCCCAUAUAACUGGAUUGGAACAGGGCAUGUUGUGUUUCAAGGGGCCUUUUACUACAAUAGAGCUUUUACUAAGAACAUCAUCAAAUAUGAUCUAAAGCAGCGCUUUGUUGCUGCCUGGACCCUUCUGCAUGAUGUCGUUUAUGAAGACACUACUCCUUGGAAGUGGAGAGGACAUUCUGAUAUUGAUUUUGCUGUAGAUGAAAGUGGCCUCUGGGUCAUCUACCCAUCUGUAGACUAUGAUUAUUCUCAACAAGAAGUUAUCGUUAUUAGCAAACUAGAUCCUAACGAUUUAUCUGUUAAGAAGGAGACUACAUGGAAAACUGGACUGAAGCGUAACUCUUAUGGUAACUGCUUCAUAAUAUGUGGGAUCUUGUAUGCUGUGGAUGUCUAUAAUCAAAAGGAAGGACAGAUUUCAUACGCCUAUGACACUCAUACAGAAACCGAGGCAGAUCCGAAAUUGCCUUUUAUUAACGAACAUGCCUUCACAACGCAAAUAGACUACAACCCCAAAGAGAAGGUACUCUAUGCGUGGGACAAUGGCCACCAGUUGACGUACAAAGUGAACUUUGUUGUCUGAUUGAAUGGCUCUUUUGUUAAGACAUAGGUCAGCCCUACACAAAGAAAGCACUUUUAAAUUUCAGUUAAAACGUGUUGCUUGCAGAGCAACAAAAGUAUUAUCCUCGGGCAGUUAGGAGGUGGAAAGGCUCCGUCCAUGGAAAAUAUAAUGGUUUAGCACUGUGGUAUGUGACUAGUCCAUUGUUGAACACAAAAAUACAAUUGUAAAUGUCAUGUGAAUGGACACAGAGCUGAAUGCCUAAAGGUAUAAAAGGGACCCUAUCUCACUGUCAGACUUCAGACACUCUAUAUUUAGUGUAACCCAGAUGGUUUUUUGGCCUUUUCACCAGUGAAAGAGAUAAAACAAGUAAAACAAAAACAUUUGUGGGUAACUUUCCACCCAGGACCACCAAAGAAAGACCAAUGACCCAUGGAGCUAAAAUGGAAUGUUACAUCAUAUUUGUUUUAUUUUCAUCAAAUUGAGAAAAAUGUCUCCAAAGCAGUCAUAAUGAUGAAAGCAAAAAUAAUAAUUUAGUUAUGCCAAAAACCACAAUGGUCACAGUGAUCUGUUAGCGAAAAGAUCAGUUAGCAGGAAACAUUUCAACUAUUUGUUAUUUAGAAGACUAAAUUGUCACAAGUCUUUACUUUUCUUUAAAUGUGCAACAUUUUAUAGGAUU